AUGAUCACAGAUUGGGCUCAACUGGCCCGACUGCGGUGCAAACAGUGCAAACACCAUCAUCUUUAUCAGUUAUCGAGAAUCAAUCAUCUUGACUUAUCGCGAAAGUGCAUCAUGGAAGAAGAAGAAGCGCCUCCUGAGGUGCAUCACUACAGCAGUAUUCAAGAAGUCCCCUGGGAUAUUCAAAACUACUGGGCACAACGCUAUCAGAUCUUUUCUAAGUAUGAUGAGGGUGUAUGGUUGACCGAUGAUGCUUGGUUCGGCGUCACGCCCGAGCCUGUUGCCAAUAAAAUCGCUGCACAAAUGGCCGAGUCGGCACCUGCUGGACGCAUGAUUCUGGUAGAUGCUUUCGCCGGUGCAGGUGGAAACACCAUCGCAUUUGCACUGACUGGCAAAUGGAAGCGUAUCUAUGCCAUUGAAAAGAACCCCGCCGUGCUCAAGUGCGCUAAGCACAAUGCCAAAAUUUACGGUGUUCAGGACAAGAUCACUUGGUUUGAAGGCGACUGCUUUGAGAUUCUACAGAAGCAGCUGAAAGACCUGGCACCAUAUAGUGUGAUCUUUGCCAGUCCACCAUGGGGAGGCCCGGGAUACCGCUCAGAUCAAGUGUUCAAUCUGAAGACCAUGGAGCCAUAUUCACUUCAACGGCUGUACGAUGAAUACUCAGUAUUCAGCAAACACAUGGUUCUCUUCAUCCCUCGGACAUCUAACUUGAAGCAAAUAGCCAAGUUGGUUCCUGAGGGGCAAAAGAAUAUGGUGAUGCACUAUUGUAUGGAGGGGGCAAGCAAGGCAUUGUGCAUCUUCUAUGGGGACUUUGACGUGGCACGACUCUCUCAAUAA